CAACGCUGCGGAAAGAAUUAAACGUGUAUAGUGUUUAACUACGGGAACCUUAACUACAGUGUAUUGUGAUGAGAAAUGUCAUAAUUUUCACCGAAAACGAUACGUAAUUUGUACUGUAGCAUUUGUAAACGACUUUCAAAAUGCCAUACGCUAAUCAGCCAUCCAUUACAAUCAGUGAACUGAAAGAAGACAACGUGAAAUUUGUGAUUGAAGACACCGAUUUAAGUGUUGCAAACAGUCUGCGUCGGGUGUUCAUUGCAGAGACACCUACAUUAGCCAUUGAUUGGAUUCAGAUUGAAGCUAAUAGCUCAGUCUUACACGAUGAGUUCAUCUCUCAACGAGUAGGUUUAAUUCCUCUGACGAGUGAUGACUUUGUUGAUAGGAUGAACUAUAACAGGGACUGUACCUGUGAUGAGUUUUGUCCAGAGUGUUCAGUGGAGUUUAUCCUGGAUGUCAAAUGCACAGACGACCAAACACGGCAUGUCACAUCACGAGAUCUCAUCUCAAACAAUCCUAAAGUAGUCCCUGUGACAUCAAGACAUAGAGAAGAUGAGUCGAGUGAAUAUGGUGAAAGUGACGAUAUCCUCAUUGUCAAAUUGCGUAAGGGACAGGAGCUGAAAUUCCAUGCCUUUGCCAGGAAAGGUUUUGGCAAAGAGCAUGCCAAAUGGAUUCCAACUGCUGCUGUUGCCUUUGAGUAUGAUCCAGAUAACGCUUUUCGACACACUGUCUACCCCAAGCCUGAGGAAUGGCCAAAGAGUGAAUUUACUGAGCUGGAUGAUGAAACAUCUGAGGCAAUGUUUGACUCAAGUUCCAACCCAAGAAAGUUCUGGAUGAAUGUGGAAUCAUGCGGUGCCCUCAGGCCAGAAAAUAUUGUGUUGUCCGGCUUAGCAGUACUCAAGAAGAAACUGAGUGACUUACAAACACAACACAGUCAUGAGACACAGAGUGAAGGAUUGGCAAUCAAUUAAAUUGGUGUCCAAAAACUUGUCUUUUAUAAAAAUUUCUCCAUUGCAAGGUUUCUUCGUUCUUUUUGUAACUCGUCAUCCAGAAAGUCACUUUAGGUGUGGUUUAGUUCGAGCUAUCUAAGGGAACUUCUAAGUUUAAUACUGUAUAUAGCUUAUUUGUUGGAAGCCACAUCGGGGCUCUUUCUCAAUGAUGAAGGUAGUUUGUGUACCCCCAUACACAUGUAGUUAGCAUUGUCAGGCAUUAUUGUCAUUUUUCAAUCCUUUGUUCUCCAAGUGAUAAUGUACAGUUUUUCCUUCCCAUUUUAAUUGAGCAAAACAAGCAUUGGACGGACAUUGCAUCAAGGAAAGGGGAUUUCACCAAAAGCAUUUUCAAUUGUCACCUCUAGAGGGAAUCAUUUGACACUCUUGUGGAAAGAAAAAGGAAGCUUUCAGGUGUGCUGUCCUAGCAAGAAGGAUGCACGAAAAAGGGGUACAUGUAUUUGUAUUUGUUCAUGACCAAGAGAGGGCACAAUUUUCUUGGCAACGGAAGCUCCUUUGGUCGGAACUGAACUUUGCUAGUUCACAAACGACUGUGAAACGCAUAUGUUACGGGCUCAUCACUGUUAUCAGUUUAACACUCCUGACCAAUAUGGCUGUUUUCAACUGAUGAGGGGGGCUUUUAUGGAUAGCAGCUUAAAGCAGUGUGGAAAAAAAAAAUAUCACCAAGAAAACUGGCUGAAGGCAUCAGAUGACUUGUAACUGUUCCUGCUGGGAAGUCCAGAAACAAAGCAAGGCAUCAUUGCCAAUGGAAGCCCAGAUGUGGAAGCUACUUGAACUGUUAAAUUUGUUGAAAAGAUAGCUGUGAGGAUAUUUGCCUGUGAGAAGUUAAGCCUUGAGAAAUCAUUUUGCAUUUGUUUGUUUUCAGGGAGGGAUUUUCAAGUCGUUUUUUCCUCUUUCAGUCAAGGAAAGGUUGCUGAAUUCAAACUCAAACAUGCUUUAAUAAAAUGUUCACUUUUUAAAAAGUAUCGUAGCCAACUUUAGGGUGCCCCAAAAAAUAAUGCAUGUACAUGCGCUCGUAAGACCUGUAUAUAGAGCAGAUGACACAGUGUCUUGACACGGGAUGAAACCAUUGGUUCAUUUUAUCACCAGUGCAAUUAGAUGCAUUUGGAUUGCCCAUUGUCAUAUAAUAAAUAUACUACUUACUAGGCUUACAACAAAACUGACUCGUGGGUGAGUGCAAGGUUUACUUUGGAGGAUAAGAGAUGGGUGAGACCGCUCAUGAUCGUGGACCGGACAAUUUUGACAAUGAAAAUGAGAUUUGUCUCAAACCUUUGUGAAAAGAAUAUUUGACAUUGUAUGACAAGGCCAUCGGUGUACAAUUAACAUGAAGACUAUUGAAGUUCCCCCUUUUGUUUCCAAAAAUCAUAUUUGAAAAUGUGUACACAAGAAGAAGUGUUUCGACAGUAUGUAUUGAAUGCCCAAAGUUUAGUUUUAUUCAAUGAACCUACCCUGUAAAUUUCGUUCAUUUCUUGUUUAAGCCUACCGGUUCUUCAAAUGUACACAAACGAUGUGCAAGUACAAAGCGGCAGGACUACUACUAGAAACGUUUGGUGCUCCGCCCCCCUCCCCCCUCUGAAAAAUUGUGUUAUUGCGUGUUCUAGAUACGCCACUGGAAUAGACUGGAUGUGUGAUACUGGACAGUUGUACAGCUAAGGAUACACAAACUGCAUUAAAUAAGGGUUGUUUUUUGCAAAAAUGCGUCUCAAUUUUUUAAAUCUUUGUUUUGCUAGUUCGGGAGAUAUUUCCUAGGGUACUUUGAGUGCCUUUUGGGGCUUAUGCAAAUAUCUAUAGUAAACUUGUUGCUCCAAAAAGCAGACCGCAAUGUUACAUUGAUACGUGUAUGUGCAUAAAAACUGCUGAAGGUAUUGCUGUCCUGUAGCUCAUUUUCUGUGGUGGUAUCGGUGCACGGCAAUAAGCCAACAAACAACCCUGGGAAUGUUUUCAAGGAAAGAAAACUUUGGCAUCACAAUUUCAAUAGGAACACAUAAAUAAUAACUGAACAGUGUGUUUUUUUUUCCCUCAAUGACAUCACAGCAACAUGCUAUGUCCCCAAGUGUCUGGAGAAGCAUGGACAAUUAUUCAAUGAUUCGAAAAGUUCAUUUUUCAAUACACUUACCCAAAUGGAAUGUUAAAAGCUGUCAUACAGAGGAACUGUCCAGAAGUGUGUCUCAUGUAUGUGGCCUGUAGUGUUGCACAGCUUCUUUGUCGUUUGUUGUGUGUACUUCUUUUUUAGUUUCUUCAAAUGCAUCAGUUUUUUAUUCAAAAGCUAAGCUUUUUAUUCAAGUAUUAUCUUCUUAAAAAUAAAAGAAAUGUAUGAAAAUAAUUUCAUUUUCAUUCAUUUUACUUAAAAGAAAGUGUCAAUAUACUGGUAUGCAGGUAAAUCUUAUAAGCAUGUCGCAUUUAGUUCAAACUUGCACAAAUGUAAAAUUGUAACAUGAAAUUACAAAACUGAUCUGUCAUAGAAUCACAAAACAGAUUUGUAAGAAGAAAAACAUAACAUUCUGGUUUACUUAGAACUGGCAUUAUGUUCCUCUCUACUUGGCAGCAAGCCAGGCAAUGCUUGCUAAUAUCCAGGGUAGUGUCUAGACGAGAGGUCAUUGCCGUAUCACCUAGAUUUGAAAAAAAAAAGAGAUAAAACCUCACAUGUCCAGGCACUUUACAUAUGCUGUAAAGUUCACGAGUACUGAGCACACAUAUUAAAGUACACGUACGUUGUAUUGUUCACCAUGACGGUGCCACACACUCUUAUGCUGAUGACGUCUGCAGAGCAUGUGAUGGGUUGGAACAUAUGUGUGGGGGCGCGGAUUUCAAGUUAGAAUGUGGCACUCGUGGGCUAGUGAAACAGAUCAUCUUCAACAUAAUCUAUGAAUAGCUGUAACACUGAAGACAGUCUUUUUAGUUUGGUCAAAUUGGCAAUAAGAAAAUGCAUAGAGCCAAGUCAAAGAAUAUUGAAAAGUUAAUAAUCUUAGUGCUAAAUCAGGCAAUUCUAAAUGCACCUGUGUGGGUUGUCAAAUAGAAGAUAGAAAUAUCACCUGUAUGUUCUUCCCUUGAAGAGCCCUACUUCCUCCAAACCUGAGGCACAUGUGGUAAAGCAUACAUAUAUGUAACAACAAUCCACCUCUCAAAAGCUUAAUUUCUUGUCUCUCUAGGUAGGCCUAUACUUCAACAUUUCUGUUUUUAGAAAAGCAGUGACUACAAUGAAGUUUUUGCUGGUCUCGAUCACUUGUUAAAAGCAUUACUAUAUUAGUCAAUGAGGUCAUAAUCCAGUCUAGAAAUAACAGAAACCUUGUUACUCUGUCAAAGGUGUAAAUGUGAUUCUUUACAAAAAUGGAAAGGUGAUUCAACUGGAUGUGAUUUUGGUUGGGAUUAUCCAAUUUUACUUCCACCCAAUCUUUCUGUUUUCAUCUAUAGGGAAAUCACAUCCGGGCUUUUCAGAGUGGUGAUCACUGUUCCAUCAAGGACAAUAUGUUAACAAGAUUAUGUAGGCUUGCUCAUUAUCAAAGUGACUCCAGACACCUCCCACUUCCAGGUAUUUGUCGGUAUCUUCAUGAGCAUAGAUAAUGACCCUAGACUGGUCACCAGCUUCCUAGUGCACAAAUUUGGCCU